AAAUCUUGUAUCCACAAUUUACACAGUGCUUUGAAUAUAAAUUAAUAAUCGUGUUGCCACUUUGUACCUAAAUUCAAAAAUAACCGUAUCAGAGUUUCGAAAUAUAUAUAAAAUACAGGUAAAAUAAGCCAAACUGGUUUCUGAUAAGCGCUGGAGUAGCUAAUAUUAUGUAUGCAGAUAUGUCUAUGUAGAAUGUUCCAAACAUAGACAAAAGGAUAAAUAAGGAAUUUAAUAAAAAAACACACACAAGUGACAACGGAAACCCAUACUUUAAUUAUACUCACAACAAAAGCGCACAGUAAACAUGUAACAACAACCCUAAUAUCGUUAUAGUCUUCCAAGAAACUAACACAAAAGCAACAAAAACAAACUUCUCUUCACAUGUCCACAAGACCAGCGAUGGAAAAUAUUGUGGAAAUUCACAACAGUUACAACAACAAACGGCAACUUUUCCAUGCGAGGAUUCAGAAAGAGUUUGCAAAGCUAGCGACGAGUACGAGAGAAAACUUACCGUGCAACAAGAACAAAAAUAACAUACGCAAAACCAACUGUAGCAGAGCCACAACCACUACACACAACGAAUAUAUUGGACAACAACAAACGCAACAAUCAAAUCAACGACUAGAACCAAUUCGGCGAGAGCAACUGUGUAAUGCACGACAUGCGAGCGCGACAGCGGCAACAACACAAACACAAGAACAAUAUAAACAACAACCACAGCUAACGCCCACUGUCGACUAUUUUCGCUUCUCUGCUCUGUAUGCACUUGUAGCGACUUCCGCUACAGCAGCCGCGUGCAACAUGCGUGAAACAUACGCGUGCGUGACUGCGUACGCUGAAGAUGCCGAUGUCGUAGCUGAUAUUAACGAUUAUAUGCCACACAACCACAAUACACGACAGCGUUGUGUGCACGACGCCAACAUUUUGCAUGCGAGACGUUGCCAUAAAAGCCUUACACAAACACACUUCAGCAAAUUUUUGCGCACCACAUGCCUCCGGAGUCGUGGCGGUGGCGGUGUACGACAUGAUGCCGACGCAGGUGAUGUCAGCGGUUGUGGUCUCUAUGGUGCGUUUGGUGCUGCCACCGGAAGCGGAACCACGUACGCUGGUAGUGGCCUCGAUACACGUAGCAUUUUCUAUUUAACGCUCGUAUUUUUCAUCUAUUGUACCGUAAUGAUGCGCGCCUCCGUCGCGGCAACAGCCAUUGCCAAUGCGACAAUGCAUAGCAAUAAUAGUAAUAGCGUGGCCAAUGAUGCGCUCUCUGUGGGGGCGGUCGCUUUGUCGUCAUUUACUGCUGAUCCUAUUGCGGAAAAUGUGACGAAAAGCAAUGUAAUAGUGAUUGACAACAGUGCCCAAGACAAAGCGUCAGUUUCAUCGCCUAAAACUAUGCACAUUACUAUAACAAUGCCAUCACCUGUCGCCGUUAACUUGACAACUGCUAUUGUGAAUGAUUCAUUGUUAGCAACAGCCAAGGCGUCAGCCGACUUUGUGGUGUACGCGAACAACACCAGCCUAGCGAAAGUGCAGCGCGUUACAAAGCGCGAUACCGUUCAUGUGCCUGAUGAUGAGGAUGAUUCCGCCUAUCAUGAUGACGAAUUUGAUGAAUACGAGGCUUUAAUUAACAAUAGAUCUGCUAAAGGCAAAUAUAUUGGUGCUCCCUGCUUCAACAACAUGACAUGCGAAACUUCAUUAAUUCAUGUCACCUGUGAUAGGGAGACAAAGAUUUGCGGCUGUGAAAGAAAUUACCCAGUGCAGCUUGGACUGACAAAAGGUUGCGAUAAACCGAAAAAACUGGGCGAACAGUGUUUCUACGACGAAACCUGUAUGUUUAGCGACGAAAAUUCCCUUUGUGUUCAAGUGCGACACAAUGCCAUGUGUCAAUGUGCGAAUGGUUUUCACUCGGUUAGUCACACGAAGCCAACACGACGUGUUUUUUGUACGAAAGACUUAAAGGAAUUAAAUUCUGAUCUGCCUACUCUAUUGGGUGUGGCAACGGGCAUAGCAGUACUUACCGGUCUUAUAUGUAUGGUAUUACAUCUAUUUACCAAAACAAAGUAUCCACGUCCUCGAAACUUUGGCGAUGCGAAUCUACCGCCACCGAUAAUGUAUUCUAGCGAGACAGUACAAUCGGGUCGACCAUCAUCACGUUCCAGUUUACGUUCUAGUGGCUCAAUCGGUUCCUAUGGCAAUCGACGCGCCUCAUCCGGUGGCGCUACAGCUGGUGUGCAUGGUAUGGGUGGUGGUGGCGGUGGCGGCAGUAGCGGUACGAAAGGCAUACUCGUCUCUACAUCACGUACAGGUUCUCGAAGACCAAGUCUAGCGUCGGUUCAUAGUACUAGUUCGUCUGUGCGUAGUUAUAGUAUGAUGCGUUUCGAGAAGGAGGUCCAACAGAAGGAGAUACGUCAGGAGAUGAAAUUACGUUUGGCACGUCUGCAACAACAACAACAUCUUAAUCAAAAUAAACCGCAAAUUGUAAUUGGCGAUACGCUACAACAUCACAUGAGCGCUGCGUCGGCGCUAAGUCGCUUGAGCGGUAUGCCAACACCGAGUCCAUUAACUCCAAAUUCUACAGAUGAACUACUACCAUCGGUGGACGAGUUGCAAGAGUAUCCACCGAAAAGUGACGAUCUAGCAACAACCAUACACAAAAUGGCUGCUGACAGCGUGGCCGCUUCUACGCUUACCGCGAUAAAGCAAGCAGCAAUCGGCACCAGCAUCGCCUUAACGACAAGCAUGGGCGCAACAACAAUGGCAACGAGCACGGCUGCCAGCAGUGGUGGCAGCUUGGUGACGCCGGGCACACCAUCGGAUGUGGUUGGAGCUGCUGCCUACAUUGGACCCUGUAGUUCAUCGACUGAAGCACUCUAAAAGAGGUACACUUAAGCGUUACAAUAAAGGCGUUACACACACAAAUAAUAGUUUAGCAAAAUAAAAAAAAAAAGGA